GAGAGAGAGAGAGAGAGGAUGGCGUCCACGUCGGCUCCUCGCCCGCAUAGUUCCGCCGCCGGGAGAAUCGCCACGGCGGUCUCCAGCCUCUCGUCCGAUAACCAAUCCCUCAUCGUGGAUAUCCGAAAAGCCCAGGCCAUGAUCAAGGGCAUCGCCGUGGACCUCGAGAAGGACCAGCAAUCCGACAAGGUGAAGGAAUUGGAAGCCACGGUUUUGGAGCUUCUGGAGGCGUACAAUGACUGCACCUGCUUCUCCGAGGCGAUCCAAUCCAUAAGGAGCUUGUAUCAGCCUUCAGAUCAGCCCACCAAUUUCAAGAAGUUAUUGGAGGAUGAGGUUGCUAAGCUGAAGGAAGCAUCGCCAUUGCCACCAAAUAAUCCUCUCUAUCGGCAGUUCAAGGAAGCUAUCUGGAAUGUUCAUCAUGCAGGUCAACCAAUGCCUGGUGAAGAGCAGGAAGAUAUCGUUAUGACCAGUACACAGAGUAAUCUACUUAAUAUCACAUGCCCAUUAACUGGAAAGCCUGUGAUUGAAUUGCAAAGUCCAGUUCGCUGUAUGGAUUGCAAGCACAUUUAUGAAAAAGAUCCAAUAAUGCAUUACAUAAGAAUGAAGAAAGCGCAUCCUCAAUGCCCAGUUGCCGGCUGCCCUAAAAUUUUGCACAUGGAAAGGGUGGUUUGUGACCCUUUGCUUUCCAUUGAAAUCGAGGAGAUGCGCUCAACAGAGAAUGUGACAGUACAGCCUACGGUGGUGGAAGAUUUCACCGAAGUUGAUGAUGAUGAAUGAAUUGAGGCGCCAAGAGGGCACAUUAAUUGGAAUAUGCAUAAACUAUUAUUGGCAACUUAAAUGUUGAUAUUAUCCAUUUGCUGUUUGUAUAGUAAUUUCUGUCUUUUCUUUUUUAAAUUUUGAUCUACUUUUGUCGUACAUCUGUCUUGUGUAUUGUGUCUGGAUCUGUGUUGCCAAAACUAUGCAGAGAUCCAAGUGGUUAAUCAUUAAUCAUGAUAUGCACAUCUUUUUAUAGUUGAAUA